GUAUGACAUUGCAAAAUCUUUGUAUGGAGUUGAACGUCCAAAGAGGUUAACAAAAGUAAGUGAUGCGGUACGACAACUACAGAAAGAGAUUGAAGCGGCAUGUGAAUGUAUUGAAAUAGUUGAAUUUAAGAUGAUCGUACCUUCAAUAAAACACAGUAAGUCAGGAGUCUCAGAUUUGAAUGCAGACAGAUUUAAUACCGCACGUGUAGUCUUAAUGAUGGAGACUACAGCUAGCAGUUUUGAACAGUUCUAUGAAAUUAAUAGACAGCCAGCAUCAGAGGCUGUCGUGUUCCUGUUGUGCGAUCUAGAUAGGGAAUGGAGUGAAGAAUCAGUGCGCACUGCUCCUAUAUGUUGGUUUCCGAAAGGGUACUCAUUAGAUGGAAAUACAAUGAGGAAAAUUCUCGAGACUGUGUUGGAUGUGUGUAAGAAAAAUGAAAUUCAUGUUCCAGCCCUGUCAUUUGAUGGUCAAUGGCACAAUAUCUGUGUCCGUGGCGAUGACGAUGAUCCGCUGACGAUAUUUCAGUUACAAAAAGAUGUAUGGCGGAAGGUUGAGAAGACAAAAAAAUCAGAUAUUUUGAGAGAAAUUAAACAACUAAACAGAGAACCAAGAUGGCGGAUAAGCGAAGAGUUGCAUGAUGAUGGAGCGGAUCACAAAACUGAAAUGAUGAAAAAGGUCAUUAUUACUGAUGUUACAAUAGGUAGAUUGCCAUCAUUCUCCCCACGAAUUCUUCAACAGAGAAAAGUUGACCUCGCCAAACAGAAAGAAAGGAAUACUAUCCAAAAUGAGAAUGACUUCGCUUCAGAUUUCAUAGAAGCUGUAUUGAAUGGAGGCGAAGCUGAAGAAGACAGACACCCGGAAGUUAAUGAAAUGGACGAUGAUACAAACCAGUAUGACAGUGAGGUUAAAAUAUCUGAGCAAGACGCUGAAAAAAUUUUAUCGAUGCUUAAAUUAGAUGACAAAAGUAAUAAAAAAGGCAAAUGGAACAACGAGUCUUCAAUCAGUGUAUUAAAAUGCUUUGAAUCUGCUGAUAACUUGAAAAAAAUGACUGAUGCUGACGUCAAGAUAGUAGUACGUUACUUGAACAGUACUUACCUCAAAGAGAAAAUAAAGGAAAGCGGAACUAAACAAAACAAACUUGCACAUUUUUACAAAGUUUUCGGACUUCAACCUAGCAUUGCAACCAGUUUGCCCAAAAGUAAGAAACACACGGUUAAAAAACUCCCAGAAUUGGCCUUUAACCAAGUAUCCAAGAUGAAGAAGUCAGAAUUAAAUAUAGUAUAUGCUGAGUAUAUCUGGCAUGCGGAAUUACAACAAUGGCUAAAUGAGCGCCCAGCUAUAACUCAUGCCAGUUUUGAUAGUCGAACGUCAGCGGAAUCAGUUGUCGAAAGCAACGAAUCAGACGGAGCAAACCUACAAGCAACAUUAUAUCAGGAUUUGGACAAUUCCGUCAUCCCCAAGUUUUGGUUUUAUUAUCCAAACGUAAGCGGAAGUAGAGGUCAACUCGAAGUAAGUUGCAUUGACUCCACACAUUUACUGACACGCACUAGAAGGAAAUGCUGCAGGGGUGGAAUCGAAGGAUUGUCCAACGAACCUUGGAGAAAUGUUGCAAAACGUGGAAACACAUUAUUAACUUUGGCUGUUGUCGAUGGAGUACUUGAACCUAUGUCUGUUUCUGUCGCGCGAUGUCAUUUCACCGAAGAAGUUGAAAAUGACAUGCGCAUACAUGGUGAUAUUCGCGCGGCUGAUCUUUGUAGAGAUAUACGUCAGUGGUGGUAUGCCGAGGAUGAUCCUGGUAUAAACUCAAAACUCCGAAUACAGCAAAGAAUGUCAUUAAGAAAACGACUACUUAGCUACGUUAACUUCGCGCAUUUCCCGCCUCCUACGAUGUACAUAAAUGGUUGGCCUUGCCAACUAUGGGAGGCACUUAUUGCCAACAUAGAUGCAAAGACACACCUAUAUGGGUUAACACACAGUCACACGUACAACGUUAGAGCCUUUAGUUCUAUGAUGGGGGAAACCUAUUUCUCUGAGCUUACAAUGUUCGACAGACGUGGUCGUGGGACAGUAACUGCUGCAGAAUUCGGCCGAUUCAUAUGCAGCACAUGGCAAGCCCUGAACAUGCGACUUGAUCCCGAGAGAUCAUUUUACUAUCGAACAAGCCGGAAGACGGUUUACAAGCUGGUGGACAAGUCUGACAUGUUUUCACAGAACGGCGGGCAGAUGACUGAUGACGCAGAUGACGUGCCAAGUGAUAAACGUUGUACAUUGGAUGUCAAGAACCACCACUUUGAUCUCCCAGAGCGAAAUCGGGUCGCGUGCAGGAAAAAGGUGGCUACAAUGAGCACAGACAGGAACGCAGUUAAAAGGGGAUCACUUGGUGUUCGUUGGGAAAGUAGUGCACGGCGGAAUGAAAGUAAAAUCCUUCCGACCGUAAGAAUGGGACUUGACAACUGGUGAGACACAGAAUGUGUGCGUGUUAACAUUGCUGCUUUUCUCAAGGGAGAUAACUUAACAUCAAGGCUGUCGACAGGAAUUUUCUUCCAACAUUCUAUUUCAUAUAUUGCCCAGUUUGAAGACAUCUUGAAAAUUUUAGUUAUUAUGCACCAGUAAACUCUGUGGUAUGUCAUGUGAUGUAGAUUUGACAUUUUUGGGGGCAGGUUAUUUCACGAUACUAGCAUUUUACAACGAACACAUUUCAAAGCUUUCAGCUUAAUUUUAUUAUUUCUAAAUACAUGUAACUUCAUGUAAAAUCAUACGUAAACAAAAUAAAGUCAUACUGAUUGUAAAAUAAUUUAUAAAGGAUGUCGCGAAAAUUCGUUCCAUGAAUAGUUGGUUCGCACAUACCAUCUCUCUAUAUUGUAAGUAAGAAAUUAUGUUUUUCUAAAACAAUAGUUCAUUAUGUGCUAAAAAACUUUUACAUUUUUAAACUUAUAAGAUGCGCAAGUGUUUUAAUUAUAUACAGUUUUUUCGGAAAUGAUGAAUUUCGGAAUAAAUUGAACGCGUACAUCAGUUUUGCAGAUGACUGUGAAUGAAACAGACGAUUUUAUAACUAAAUUUCGAAACUCCAAAAUCAUUUCUUUCAGUAACUGUUCCAGUUGUAUAUAUUGCUGCGUCCUUUUGUAUUAUAAUUCAAUCAAUAUAUACAUAUAGGUUGUAUAUAUAGCUACUAUAUUUUUAGACCUAUUGAAAAACCGGAACGAAUUUUCUUGACACUCAUUUAAUAUUACAUUGCAAAAUUAAUGCCAGCAUUGUAUUUUAUCCAUUGAUUGCUUUAUCGUAUUUUUCUUAUUUCUUAAGGACCCAAUAUUAUACUUUAAAUAACGUUCAUGUGUCUUAAUAAAUCUGCAGUACGUGUUCUUUUCCGAAAAUCGAGAGAUUUUUUAGCAGUAUUUAUCAAUUACGUAAUUUCUGAUUUUGCGUUAAAACAAGUAUGAAAUAAAUUUGUUGGUGACUUAAAGAAGACAGAAUAAUGUAUAUUUCAAAUUAAUUCCAUUAUAUAUAGCUUACACUUAUGCCUUCUUAUGGCAACUUUGUAACAAAAAUAUCAUUCCCGCGGAAAUUCAGGAAAUUAGUUGCAGACUAAAAUGAUAAGCUCAUAAUAUUAUUACAGAUAUGUAAAGCAAAAUUGUUAAUUUGAUAUACAUGUCAUGUUUUGAUGUAUGCAUACAUCGUUUUACAAGAGCUACGAUACUUAUGUAGAGUCAAUACUCUGAACUUCACAAUACUAUACAAUAUUGGCAUUAAUUUAAUCGGAGUAAAUCACAGAUAAUGCAAAUCACAGACAAAAUAAAAAUUUUUAUUAAAAUUAAAAACAUUAGAACUGAUUAUGUUUUACUUGUCUUUUAUGACUACUGGCCUUU